ACGAUGACCUCGCGCUGCUCGCCCUCGGCCUCGUCUCGUCGAUGGCCUCGGACCAUCUCGCGGCCAAGUGCGCUGACGCGUCGCUGCUCGCGAUCCUGCUGCCGGUCGCCGACCGUGUCCAGGACGCCAACUACAUGCGCUUCGCAUGCGCUGUCAUGGAGCAGAGCCUCGAGCUGCUCCACGAAGUGUCGCCUGCUGUAGUGCUUGGCGUGCUGGAACCGCUCGUGCAGACGAUCUGCCUUCCGCUGCUGACGAGCGACGCGACGCCAGCUGCCGUCGUCGACCCGGUGCUGCGUCUCUUGCUGUACGCGCUCGGAAUGCCGACGUCGUCCUCGGCACCGUGGCUCGGGCAUCUCGAAGGUACUCUGCUCAGCAGCUUUGCGGGCACCGUCGACGCCGCGUGGCUCGGUCCCGUCGUCGAGAUCCUCUUCCAGCGCCGGCUCGUGUCCAGUGGCUUUGUCCGGAGCAUCGUCGACGUCUGCAAGACGAUCUUGUGUCAAGCCGACUACGCGCACUUUCGCCAAGCCGUGUUUGGCUGCAUCGUGCCGCAGAUCCUGUCGUACGACGACGGAACCAGCGCUGCGCUGCUCACGGAGCACAUUUUCGCCGCCCACGACCGCAUGCAGCUCCACGACGUGCUCUUGACCGCAUGCAGCUCCACGACGUGCUCUUAA